GUGUUCGUGUAUGCGUGCGCUAUGUUGUGUUGUGUGUUUGUGUUAUUAUUGUCAUCGCACACAGGCCGCAUACUUACGAGACAUCCCUGUGCUGCGCGAGGCACUUAGCUCUCGCUCUCGCGGCGAUCCAGCGCCGAGAUAAAGUGCCAAGAUCCGUGUUCAUGUAAUUCCUUUUUUUUGUUGUUGUUCGCAAUCCUUCCGAAUGAGUACAUUAUUUAUUGAAAAUUUUUAAUGUUGAAAUAAUAAGUGAUAUAUAAACGGAUCUCAUUCUCUCGUAUGCGGGCGGCGAUCUCAAUGUGCUAAAGUUUUUUUUACCCAGAGGAUACCGAAGAAACGCAUCGUAUUGUUUGAAAAACAAACACGAUCACACCAUUGUCAAAAAAAGGAUACAUGACGGCUGCAUCGAGCGUGAUCCUACCGCAUAAAACGUGUGCGUUGCUGCUUCUUUCUAAUUAACGAAUUUGUUCAUCAGGAGAGAGGCCAUACGUCAAAGUGUGCCCGCGUGUGUGUGUGUGUGUGCAACAACAAUCAUGUCGUCUCACAAAACUGUCGGUCAGAGUUCACGCAAAAAAGUACAGGUGUCUAUGGUGAUAAGAGAUGAAAAAGAAAAAAGACACCGUGCUGGAGUUAAUUCACUCCAAUAUGAUCCCAUUUUACACAGACUGUAUUCGGCUGGAAGAGACAGUAUAAUAAGAAUAUGGAACUGUAAAAAUAUGAAGGAUCCUUACAUGGAUUCGAUGGAACACCACACAGAUUGGGUCAACGACAUAGUUUUAUGCUGUGGUGGAAAAAAUUUGAUAUCUGCGAGUUCUGAUACCACAGUUAAAGUUUGGAAUGCACACAAAGGUUUCUGUAUGUCAACACUUAGAACUCAUAAAGACUAUGUAAAAGCCUUGGCAUAUGCUAAAGAAAAGGAGCAGGUGGCUAGUGCCGGCUUGGACAAAGCUAUAUUUUUAUGGGAUGUUAAUACUCUGACGGCUCUGACAGCUAGCAACAAUACAGUUACUACCUCCUCUUUAACUGGAAAUAAAGAUUCCAUCUACAGUUUAGCCAUGAAUCCACCAGGGACUAUGAUAGUCAGUGGCAGUACAGAAAAGAUAUUACGACUUUGGGAUCCACGAACUUGCACUAAACUUGUCAAAUUACGUGGGCAUCAAGACAAUAUCAAAGCCUUGGUUUUAAACAAAGAUGCUAGUCAAUGUUUAUCCGCAAGUUCAGAUGGAACGAUAAAGCUUUGGUCAAUUCCACAACAGCAAUGUAUUCAAACAUACAGAGUUCAUACUGAAGGAGUUUGGGCAUUAUUGGCUACUGAUAAUUUUAGUCAUAUCAUAUCUGGUGGCAGAGACAAAAGAGUUGUUAUGACUGAGUUGAGAAAUCCAGACAAAUCUGUAGUUAUCUGUGAAGAAAAAGCUCCUAUUUUAAAAAUGAUCAUGUCUCCAGACCAAUCAAGCAUUUGGGUUGCUACCAGUGAUUCAACCAUAAAUAACUGGAAUAUAAAUCAAAAAGAUUGGCAGUUCAAUGAUUAUUGUGCAGACACUGGUAAUUUGUUAGAAAUGUCAACUUAUAGAAACACAGAGCCUGCUCAAAAAAUAUUGGGAGGACCAGCCAUUAGACAUUGUUACGUUUUAAAUGAUAAAAGAUUUGUUUUGACAAAAGAUAGUAACAAUAAUGUUGCUGUUUAUGACAUUCUGAAAGCUUGUAAAGACUGUGAUCUUGGUCAAGUUGACUUUGAACAAGAAAUAAAAAAGCGUAAUAAACUUGUUUAUGUGCCGAACUGGUUUAACAUUGAUCUCAAAACAGGAAUGCUAACAAUACAUUUAGGCCAAGAUGAAAAUGACUGUUUAUCCGCGUGGGUAUCUGCGAAAGAAACUGGAUUAAUAGAAGAUGAUAGCGCGGAUACAAAAGUUAACUAUGGAAACCUACUUUUGCAAGCUCUUCUUGAACAUUGGUGGAGACCAAUGCACCCAGAUGAUGAAAUGGAUAAUGAUAGCAAUAAUGGAAAUGGCCAAAAGUCUACCCGAGGUGGCAAUCAGUACUUUUCUGUGCCUGGACACACCCCGGUGAUUUUCAGUGAAGUAGGAGGCAGAACUCUGUAUCGAUUGCUAGUGCGUGACGCUUCAGGUGAAACGGAAGGUGUGCUUUUAAACGAAACUGUGCCAUCGUGGGUUAGAGAUAUCGUCGUGGAUAAAAAUUUACCCAAGUUCAUCAAAAUUACAUUCCACCUUCUUCAAUACCCCACUCCAGGGGCCAAAAGUUUAAAAAAAAUAUUGACUUUACUUUCUCGGCGUUUUUUGAAUUAUGAAACUCGAUCUUCCAGAGAUCGGCUAGUCGCCAACGACUUUAUUCAAGUCCGAAAAGUUGCCGAGCACGUUUUCGAUAAAGUGCUCGGUGGCGGGAGCGAUUCUGGUUCCGUUGCUGGUGGAAAUGCCGUUUCGGGAGGAUCACCUGCCGGCGAUCGUAAUCGAACGAAUUCAAACAUGGAUAUUUCAUCUCAAGCAGAGGACAAAAUAGAAUUACUCUGCAAUGAUCAAAUUUUGGACCCAUCGAUGGAUCUAAGAACGGUCAGACAUUUUAUUUGGAAAAGUUCCGCUGAUUUAACGUUACAUUACAGGCGGUGCAGCGACAGGAAUGCUUAAUGAACAAAAAAAGUAUUAAAAAUGGACUUUGUUAGAGCUGGUGUAUUGACCGAUUCUAACCGAUAAUUCCAUAAAAUUUUCAAUUGUGCUGUUAUAUCUUUAUCUUUUUCGAAUUACAAUAUAACUGAUAUUAAUAUUAAUCAUAGUUUAUGGAAGAAACUGGCUGUAGAAUUUUUAUACUUUAUGAGGUAAUGAACAAAAAAAGCAAAGUCAUUUAAUAAAAGAAGUGUUUUAAUUAA